CUAUAAAUUAGCAUUUGAGAUGGGCAAUAUGAAAAACAGAUCAUAGCAAAAUAAGAAAGAAAGGGAAAAGAGAGGAGUAAUAUGGCUGAGAAAUGGGAGGAACUUAGUGGUAAAAACAAUUGGGAAGGUCUAUUACACCCCUUGGAUGUUGAUCUUCGUAAAUACAUCAUUCAUUACGGAGAAUUGGCUCAAGCAACUUAUGACACUUUCAUUACAGAAAGAGCGUCUAAAUAUGCAGGUGCUAGCAGAUACUCAAUGGAAAAUCUUUUUACUAAGGUCGGACUUGACCCAAACAAGUAUCGUGUGACCAAAUUUUUCUAUGCUACUGCAUCCAUUCCACUUCCUGAUGGUUUCAUCGUGAAAUCAUUGUCAAGGGAAGCAUGGAGUAAGGAAUCAAAUUUUAUGGGAUAUAUUGCUGUGGCUACUGAUGAGGGUAAAGUUUCACUAGGAAGAAGGGAUAUUGUGAUUGCUUGGAGAGGAACUAUGCAGAAGCUGGAGUGGGUUAAUGAUCUUCAAUUUUUACUUGUGCCAGCACCCCAAGUAUUUGGUGAUGGAGGUUUGCUUCCUUUGUUUCAACCUUUGGUGCAUCAUGGCUUUUACAAUGCUUAUACAUCAUCGAGUUCACGAUCACAGUUUAAUCUGACUAGUGCCAGAGAUCAGGUAAUUGAAGAAGUGAAAAGAUUGGUGGAGGAAUAUAAGCAUGAAGAGGUGAGUAUAACUGUGACUGGACACAGCCUAGGUGCAUCACUUGCAACUCUAAAUGCAGUUGACAUAGCUUUCAAUGGAAUCAAUAAAACAAGUGAAGGCAAGGAGUUUCCAGUGACUGCCUUUCCAUUCGCAAGUCCUAAAGUUGGGGAUCUUCAAUUUAAGGCAGCAUUUGACAAAAUAAAAGGGCUUCGUGUUUUGAAAAUUCAUAACUUAUUGGAUAUUGUUCCGAAAUACCCACCUAUUGGAUAUUUUGACGUUGGGCAGGAGCUAAUGAUUGACACCACAAAAUCUCCCUAUGUGAAGCCUCCAGGAGAACCUGUGAGCUGGCAUUUGCUGGAGCCCUACUUGCAUGGAGUCGCUGGAACUCAAGGUUUAGGACUUUUAGCAGGUUUUAAACUAGAGGUGAAUCGCGAUAUUUCACUUGUCAACAAGCAGUGGGACGUAUUGAAAGAUGAAUAUUGCAUUCCUGGGCUUUGGUGGGUUGAGAAAAACAAAGGAAUGGUUCAACAAGAAGAUGGAUCUUGGCUUAUGUUGGAUCGCGAUGAGUAUGACUUCUGAGGGAGCUACCUACACUUUUAAAAAGUGAUCAUUUUAUUUACUUUUAAGAAAUGUUUGAAUAAAAGUUUUUUUUUUUUUUAAUGUAUGAGUUAUGUAUCUCUAGUUGAUUAGGCAUGGCUUACCUAUGCAGUGUGUACUCAAAUUUAUUAUAUGCAUGAAAUAAUAUAUUGAAUGUUUUUGUUUGCUUAUAA